AAGCUAUGUGUACGUGCAUGCGUGUGCGCGCACGCAUAACCUCACUGUUCGCGCACGGUGCCUCACUCGCAGGUUGGAUUCGGUGCAUCGCGAAAACCGAAGUGCCCCCGUGAUGCCGCGUGCGUGGAGUACAGAUUGGCGGGGAACAGCCGCCGCACAGGUACAAGCGCAACGCGAGCGCGCAAGUUUUAUCCAAACCGAGAAUGCCCAGAGAGACGGCGUUUUUUCCAGCUGCUUCCCACGCCGCGUGGUGGACACUUGAAGAAGGGUGAAGCGUAUACUUUGAAGCUAAUGCUGGGAGUAGUUGACGCUACCAACUGAAUAUGACUUCCAUCUGCACUCUGGGAAUUAAAAGUUCGCAAAAAUGAAGUUUGGCAAAAGCGUCUGUAUCAUAAACGUGGGUGGCACCAAGUACGCUUUUCCAAAGGACGUAAUCAAGGAUUUCCCUUUGAGGAGAGUGAGUCGUCUCCACAGUUGCGCCUCGGAGAGAGAAGUGCUGGAAGUGUGCGAUGAUUAUGAUAGAGAGAGGAACGAGUUCUUCUUUGACAGACAUUCAGAAGCGUUCGGCUUCAUUAUGCUGUACGUGAAGUACGGCAAACUGCGCUUUGUCCCGCAUAUGUGCGAGCUGUCGUUUUACAACGAGAUGAUUUACUGGGGUUUGGAAAGCUCUCAUUUGGAGUUCUGCUGCCAGCGGAGACUCGACGACCGCAUGUCGGACACGUACACUCACUUUACCGAGGAGCACCACAAAACGGCCAAUAACACAAGGACUGAUGAGUCGUCAAACGGGAAGCGGUACUCAAAGUGUCUGGAGCGAAUGCGCAGGACUUUCGAGGAGCCCACCUCCUCUCUGGCCGCGCAAAUUUUGGCGUCCGUGUCGGUGAUUUUUGUAAUUGUGUCCAUGGUAAUACUUUGCGCAAGCACUAUUCCUGACUGGAAAACUGCCGAGAGCAACACAGCGGAAGAGCACAGGUACACAGACUCUUUAGAGCAUCCAUCCGGGAUCAUUGAGGCGGUGUGCAUCGGAUGGUUCACGGCAGAGUGCAUCGUGCGCUUCAUUGUGUCCCGAGACAAGUGUGAGUUUGUGCGACGUCCACUGAACAUCAUAGACCUGCUGGCCAUUACCCCCUAUUACAUCUCUGUCACCAUGACGGUUCUGACUGGAGAAAACUCACAGCUGCAGAGGGCUGGUGUGACGCUACGCGUGCUGCGCAUGAUGCGAAUCUUCUGGGUCAUCAAGCUAGCGCGACACUUCCUGGGGCUCCAGACUUUAGGGUUAACGUUGAGGCGCUGCUACCGUGAGAUGGUCAUGCUCCUGGUCUUCAUUUGCGUGGCCAUGGCCAUAUUCGGCGCGCUGGCGCAACUUCUAGAGCACGGCUUGGAUCUGGAGUCUGGGAACGAGGAAUAUGCUAGCAUUCCUGCCGCCUGCUGGUGGGUUAUUAUCUCCAUGACGACUGUCGGCUAUGGAGACAUGUACCCCAUCACUGUGCCAGGACGUGUGCUUGGUGGCCUGUGCGUCGUGAGCGGUAUUGUGCUGCUUGCUCUACCGAUAACCUUCAUCUACCACAGCUUUGUUCAGUGCUACCAUGAACUCAAGUUCCGCUCGGCCCGCUACACCCAAAGCCUGUCUGCCGAGUUCCUCAACUGACUCUGAGUCAAAACCUCCCGGUAGGUUUAGCUAUCACAAUUAACAGGACUCAAAUCUAGGCUUUCUACUGGAGAAAUCGAUGGCUAGUGCACAGAUCUCCCUAGGCAUUUCCAUCUGCCACAUUCAUCUCCAGAACAGACUCUCUCAGCGCCGCUGAGCUCCAGUAUGUGUUGUAUCUGUUACUCAAGGGGCUGGAGGAGGCUGCCAUGGUGACGGUAUCACAGAGGCCAGGUGUCCUUGACAGGUACACACUGCUGGAGGGAAACUUUCAGAGGCCUUGAAAAGACUCGCUCUCAUAGAGAUCUGCGCUUUACCCUAUACAUGUGGCAUUCCUCCAAAUGAUUUAGCUUUUGAAUGCCAGUUAAGCAGCCCACAGUGUUGGCAAGCAGAUAUGAGAGAAAUAAUUUAAUCAUCUUGUCACCCAGGAACCUUUCUCUUUGAUGAUGCCUUCAGUUAUAAGCAAUGAAGUUUUAAAGCAGUAGCACUUUUUUCCAGUAUUUAAAAUAUUUAGAGCCUCUUUUUUUUACUGACAAUAGGUUACAAAAUCAUGAAUUUAAAUCACUCUGAAUACUCUUUCCAGGCUAAAUUGUUGUGUAGACCCAAUUCAGUGUGACAGCAAACCUCCAGAGGUAGUGGGACAUAAUGAGUGGAAUAGUCUGAAAAUUACAAGGAUAAAGUGAGUGCUGUGUGGGCAGCUAUGCUGAGAGGAACAUAACGGGCCAUGGAGAGAGAGUGCUGUCAUGGAGAGUUGGGUGCUUUGGAUGACACCAAGCAGAGCAUGUAGAGUUCUCCCCGAAUCCUCUACCUCUGAAUGUCCUCUACUGCCUUGCCGGUUUUCAUACAGGAGCGAGAUGCCUUGAGGCUCGUACACCUUCUGGGGUUUCACAGAAAGCUCUCUGUAAGUCCACGGAAGGUUCUGGAGAUCUUUAGUGACACAGCUACCUCAAGGCCAUCUCCUCCCAUGGAGUCACCCAUGCCACCCACUUCUCCCCGACUCAUUGCUGUCUCUAUUUUGUUGUGGCUCUUAUGUUCCUUAAUGCUCUUAAAUGAAAAUUCAGAGAAUGUGCUGUUAUCUGUGUUUUUGUCUUUAAACGUUUCUCCAAGUGCAUCAUAGCAGGGCUUCUGUUAGAGAGGAAAAAGUGUGUAAAAUUGUAACAAAAUUGUUAUUUGAUGUUAAAUAACGUAAAUAAUCUUGACCUGUUUAAAUUGUGAGACAAAUGUUAAAAUCAACAUUUAAGAAAGUCAAAAUGAAAAUUUACCCCGUGUAUUUUAUUAGUA